AUGGUGGCCGUCACCACGAUGAUCGUGGUGGCCAUGGUGGUCAUGGCGACCAUGAUGACCAUGGCCAUGGUCAUGGUCCUGGUCUUGGUCAUGGUGGCCAUCAUCAUCCUCAAGGUGGCCAUGGUGACAUUUCCAACGCUCUUGGUGGCCUUCAUCACCAUCAUGGCGGCCACCACCACCACCAUCAUCCUCACCACGGCGCCCGCCUUGUCCCCGCCCCCUCUGACGUCACCACCCCGGCCCCGUGACGUCACCGCCACGCCCAUCCAGGGCCCCCCAGAUUCGUCUUGGUACAGUCCGGGCCCCCCCAGAUCCCUUUGCGGCCGCGCCUUCCCGGUGGGCCCCACCGCCGCCAUGUUGCUCCGCGCUGUCGCCGCCUCUGUCGCCGCCUCUGUCGCGACAGCGCGAGGCCUCGCGACAGCGCCGCGGGGGGAGGGGCGGCGGCUGCUGAUGCGGCAGCUGUUCGAGGCCUCCUCCUGCACCUACACCUACCUGCUGGCGGACCGGCCACGGGCGACGGCCGUCAUCAUCGACCCCGUGCUGGAGACGGUGCCGCGGGACCUGCGGCUGCUCCGGGAGCUCGGCCUCACCCUGCGCUAUGCAGCCAAUACGCACUGCCACGCGGAUCACGUGACGGGCUCGGGCGCCCUGCGCCGCGCCCUGGGCUGCCGCAGCGCCAUCGCCCGCGAGAGCGGCGCCCGCGCCGACCUGCGCCUGGCCGAGGGGGACGAGCUGCGCUUCGGGAGCUUCGCGCUGCGGGUCGUCCCCACGCCCGGGCACACCCCCGGCUGCGUCACCUUCGUGCUCGACGACGCCUCCAUGGCCUUCACGGGGGACGCGCUGCUCGUGCGGGGCUGCGGACGGACCGACUUCCAGCAGGGCUGCGCGCGCACCCUGCACCGCUCGGUGCACGAGCGAAUCUUCACCCUGCCCGAGGAGUGCCGCGUGUACCCGGGGCACGACUACAACGGUCACACCAUGUCCACGGUGGGGGAGGAGCGGCGCCACAACCCCCGGCUGACCCUGAGCGCCGACGCCUUCGUGGAGCUGAUGGGGAAGCUGGAGCUGCCCCGCCCCCGCCUCAUGGACAUCGCCAUCCCAGCCAAUCUCCGCUGCGGGAUCCAGGACGAGCCGUAGCCACGCCCAUUUUCGGUCGAAACCACGCCCCUUUUACAGUCACUCCGGACCGGUUUUGGAUAAACCCCGCCCCGUUUUGUCGAGGCCACGCCCCUUGCCCGCGUGGCACCGCCCAGCGCGUGGCCCCGCCCCCUUUUUACCGUUCCACCAAUAAAA